GACAGGAAUUCGAGUCUCCUCGUGUUCUUCUCUGCAAUUUUCAAUAAAUUCUUUGAUCAAUAGAACUGUAAUUAACUAAUUACCCCCGAUGGUUAAACAGCGAGUUCGGAGGCGUUCUGCAAUGGCGGCGCCGGAAGACGAAGUGGUUAAGAUCGUGGAUUCAUCCAAUGAGAAGGGCACUCCUUUGAGGCCAAUUUUUUGUCUGAAGAACAGGGAUGAUAUCAAGAAGUUUGAUGAGCGAGAAGAUUGUUUCAUUCUUGAAUUUGAUCCCUACGAUGAUCUUGGAAUCAAGAAGAUUUCUUUUGGCAAGGAUUUCGAUGACGCUGAUGGUGAUUUGCGCGUGGUUUCUGAAAAAGGGGAGGUUGCCUGCAGGGAUUUCCCCCAUCCUCGAUACACUUGUGCCAAUUUUCCAUUUCACAAGACAUCUCACGAAGAUUGCUGUGAUCUGUGCUACUGUUAUGUUUGCGAUUCAGCUGCUCCUUGCAAAAAGUGGGUCGGAUCCGGUGGCCAUUGUCAUGCAUUUAACAACGAAGCUUGGAAGAAAGCAAAAAUGGAAACAAUUGGAGGGACUAAGAAUAUGUGAAGAUGAGAAAUGUGCUUCAAGAAUUGGCAUUGAGAUCGACAAGAGUGAGCUUCACAUCCUUCCAUCGAUCUUUUUGGCUGUGCCGUAGAUAGGCUAUAUUUAUAUAUAAAGACUUUUUAAUGUGAUGCUGCCGUAAAAACUCCAUGGCAUUCGGUAAUGUGUUAAAGGCUCGUGCUUCUUGGAACUCGACUCGAUUUUGUGUAGUUGAAUGUUGGAUUUGUCGAGAGAGAUUAAAUGAAAUUGAAAAUGAUACUGUUUUUUUAGAGCAUAAUGUAAAAAGAUGCAUACU